UUCCUUUUACUUUUCCUGGAGUUUGAACACCUAAAUCAACUCCAUUUUGACCACAGAGCUUAACUCAUGGUGUGAAAUAUGUUGUUCCCGUACCACACUACUUAAUCGCCAUUUCUCACUCGAUUAAUUCCACAUACUGUGUCUACCCUCGCGUGAGUCGUCGUCACAUUCACUGUCAUGGAUCUGUUGCGCACGUUUGCUAGCGAAUCCUCGAUCCACGGGCUGGCCCACCUGGUGCGAAGCCCACACUGGCUAGAGAAAGCCUUCUGGCUGACGGUGCUGGCCUGCUCGGUCGUCUGCUCGGUCAGCAUCUGCAACAUGCACUGGGAGCGGUUCCAGAACAAUGCCACCGUGCUGAACGUCGAGACGGACUAUCUGAGCUGGAACUUCCGGCCACCGGCCGCCACCGUGUGUUCCGAGCACGUGAGCGAGGAAAAGCUUAACCAACUGAUCGAACGAUACUGGCAGAUGGACAGCAAUCACAGUGCCUACGAUCACUAUCGCAAUUUCCUGCUGACAGUUAAUCGGGCACGAUUUGACAACCUGACCUUGUUUGAACCAUUCGUAAACGAUAGCAGGUUGCAGUCGGUUUCGGUAAUUGAUUUGGCCCGGGAGCUAAAGUCCCCGCUGACGCCACCGUGGAAAACGUUUGCACCCGUGCUGACGGAGGUAGGCGUUUGCUACUCAUCCACCAUGCUGUACGCCUUCCAGAGUCCGUACAGCGAUCGAUCACAGGCUAAUUACACGAAGGCACGGCCGGCCGAUUGUUACACGCUGGACGUCUGUCGUACGAUGGUAGCGAUGAGUCAUGUCGAUUCGGUUCGCACCUAUGUGGUGAGUGUCGCAAAUGCAAUUUCGUUAUAUCCCUGGAAAGACGAUAGCAUUAACCCGUCACUAACCUGGCAAGCCGUCGCUUCCUUUCAUUCUCCCUCGCUGCAGUAUAUCCACAUCGAGCAGGACGUCAUGACACCAGACAACUCCAUCUACUACGCGCUGGAUCAGCACGACAUCAUCAGCUCGUCACUGUCCGUCGAACAGGUGGUUGCCUCGAAAGCGCUCAAGCAGUUAUCCCGCCGUAGGCGCAAAUGUCGACUGCCCUCCGAGCGACUACCGUACUUUAGCGUAUACACGAUUAAUUUGUGUCGGAUAAAUUGCCGAAUCGAGGCCGCCCUUCACCUUUGCGAGUGUGUCCCUUUCUUCUAUAACAUUGGCAAACCGUCCUGCACGCCAGCCGGACUGUACUGCCUGGGGAAGCAGUUUAAGGCGUGGUACAAAACGAACUGCACCUGUCAGCCCCUAUGCGAGUUCGUCUCCUUCAAACAGGCGUUGGUGAAGAAAACGGUGCUGGGGCAAGCGAACAGUAAGCUGGAAACGCAAAUUAUCUACCCACGGAUGCGAAUGAAGCGUGACGUACUGUUCGACAUCAGCAACUUAAUCGUCUCGUUGGGCGGCGGUGCAGCACUCUUCCUGGGAUGCAGCUUUAUCAGCUUCGUGGAGGUUAUAUUUUUCGUGCUGGAGUACAUCACCCAAAAGGUUUACCGUCGCUAUCACCGUAACCGGGAAGGAAUUCAACCAUAAUUUUUCAAUUUAAUGGAUCAUUUUGGAAGCUUCGUUAGGGUUUGUUUUACUGCAAGCAUAAUGCAGUGGCUAAGGC